AUGGAUGACGGUACCCCGGUUGAGGAGGAGAUUGUGAGCCCCACGGAAGAGGGGCCUGCGUCUCCGGCAGCUUCUCCAGACGUAUCGGGCAUCGAGUCGCCGAAUCACGAUGAUAAUGCUCCACAGUCGCCCGACUCGGAUUCCCCGCAGUCUCCGCCACAGGAAGAAGACGAAGAACAUGCUGCAACGGAGCACCCAAUCUUCGUGGAUGAAGAGGUUGUCGUGAAAGAAGAGCCAUUGGACGAGAGUUUCGAGCCGCAAGAGGCUGAAAUUCAAGAUACACCGGCUAGCCCGGCCCAGGAAAACUUGAGCGCACCGGCUUCUCCCGUGAACGAUGAUGAAGAGGAGGAGACCCAGCAGGUGCUGCCGAAAAAGCGAAGAAUAUUGGACUCUGACGAUGAGAGUGACGGCGUUGACGUGGACAACGUCACUGAAGAGGUGAACGAAGCCGGAAGCGACACCGAGUCUCCGGCGAAAAAGCGUCGAGCUAUCUUUGGCUCUGACGACGAAGAUUCUGAGGAUGACGAGCCAGCGAAAGAUUCCAAAAAGAAGAUCCGCGUGGUUUCCGAUGAUGAAGACGAUGAAUCGCCAAAAAGUCCAACUGGCAGUGGUGAUGAGGCUCCGAACGCGGACGAUCUCGUGGAGAACAUUUUCGGCGGCUCUGAUGACGAAAAAGAAGAUGAUAGAAAAAGCGUUGAUGACGACGAUGAAGCGCCAGCCCGCGGUCGCAAGGGCGAGGACGGUUUUGAAUGGGACUUUGACAAGAUGAUGAACGCAAAGAAGGCGGAGAAGCGCCGUAGCCGGAAGAGGAAAAACGACGGAUUUGAUCUGAUCAAUGACGACGAUGGACAAGUGGCAAAGCUGGUGGAAGCCAUGAAACAAGCUGCCAAGGAAGAUCGCCAGUCUAAUACGAUGCGACGGCCCGCCCUCAAAAAGCGUAAGCUUCUCUCCACAGUCAAGGAUAUGCUUCUAAAGAUUGAUAUGACGGAAGCUAUGCUCGACGGUGGAAUGAUGUCUGUCGUCUCCGAGUGGUUGGCUCCUUUGCCGGACAAAAGUCUGCCAUGCUUGGAGAUUCGGACUACCCUUCUCCGCCUUCUCCAAUCCUAUCGUCUUGAGCAGGGUACACUGCGUCAAUCAGGCCUCGGCAAAGCAGUGAUGAUGCUUUAUAAGCAUCCUCGCGAAAAUAAGGACAACCGUAUUCUGGCCCAGAAGCUGAUAGCAGAAUGGGCACGCCCAAUUUUCAAUCUUUCUACUGAUCUCGGAACGCUGAGUCGUGAUGAUCGACUUCAGCGCGAUUACGAUCAGAUGCCGGAUCAUAUUAAAAAACGCCGGGAAAGUAGUGACCUGCUCGAUGGUGAAGAUGGGCCCAGCACUUCUAAGGAGGGCAAGAUCGCUGAAUUGUUGAACCCUGGUGAUAAGGGCUACAUUGGACGUGCGAGAGUACCGAAGCCUUCAAAGACUGACUACGUGAUUCGUCCGCGAAGCAACGUUGAUGGAGAAUUCAAGGGUGCUGGAAAACGGGAAAUGUCGCGCAUCGAUCGCACUGCACGCGAUUUCAAGGAACGCACCAAGAUCAACAAAGUGCGGCGAGCCGUUGGCGUCAGCAUCGAGGGCCGCCGAAUGGAGCUG